AUGGACGCCCAAGCUUACCUCCUCCGUCACGGCUGGUCCGGACCGGGCAACCCGCUCAACCCCAACCGCCGACCCGGCACCCACGGCGGGCUGGGCCUCACGAAACCGAUCCUCGUGGCGCGCCGACAAGGCAACCACGGCGUGGGCAAGAAGACAACGAAAGACCCGACGAAUCAAUGGUGGCUGCGCGGGUUCGAGGAUGCGCUCAAGGACGUCGGGCAGGCGGACCGCGCGCCCGCGACGGCGACGCCGAAUGCGCUGACGAGCGAGCUGUACCGGUUUUUUGUGCGGGGGGAGGUUGUGCCUGGCACGAUUGGGGGGCAUUCGGCCGCUGCGGUUGCCGCUGGGUCUGGGAAUGAUGGGGCGGUGUCGAAGAAGAGGAAGGCUGGUGAGGAGGGGGAGGAGGGUGGCUCGGUGAAGAAGGUGAAGAAGGAGAAGGAGACUAAGGAGGAGCGACGGGCGCGGAAGGAAGAGAAGAAACGGCGGAGGGAGGAGAAGGAGAAGAAGAGGGCUGAGAAGGCGCUGCGCAAGGAGAUGAAGAAGCAGAAAAAGGAAGAGCGUCGUCCUGAGGAUGACUAUCCGACGCCGCCGUCGUCGACGGAGCAGGAUCAGUCCGAUUCUACGGGGCGCGAUGAGUCGUCUGCCUCGUCUGCCUCUGACUUGAAGGAGAAACGGAAGGAGAAGAAGGAAAAGAAGAAGGCGGAGAAGAAGGACAAGGAGAGCAAGAAGAGGAAGAAAGAGGAGGUGUCUACGGCGGACGACAGCUCCAGAUCGAAAUCGAAAAAGUCCAAGGAUGGGAAGAAGGCCGCCUAA